AUGCCUAUGUUAAAAGAUCCAUCGGUCAAGUACAAAAAGUUUCCACCAGUAAAUUUACCAAGCCGUCAGUGGCCAAGUAGAACCUUGGACAAGGCGCCAAGAUGGCUUUCCACAGAUUUAAGAGACGGUAAUCAAUCUCUUCCUGAUCCUAUGUCCAUUGAGGAAAAGAAGGAAUAUUUCAAAAAGUUAGUUGACAUUGGUUUCAAGGAGAUCGAGGUGGCAUUCCCGCUGGCUUCACAAAUUGAUUUUGACUUUACCAGAUUUGCUAUUGAAACUGCACCAGCAGAUGUAUCAAUUCAGGUUCUUUCGCCUUGUCGCGAGGAGUUGAUUAAGAGAACGGUCGAAUCACUUAAGGGUGCUAAGCGUGCUACAGUUCAUAUAUAUUUAGCCACAUCGGAUUGUUUCAGAAAUGUGGUUUUUGGUUUGAGCAAGGAAGAGAGUAAAGAAUUAGCGGUAAAGUGUACCAAACUUGUUCGAAAGUUGACAAAAGACGAUCCAUCAACUGCUGGAACAGAUUGGGAUUUUGAAUUUUCACCAGAAACUUUCUCUGAUACUGACUUGGAUUAUGCUGUGGAUGUGUGCGAGGCGGUUAAAGAGGCAUGGGAACCAAGCAAGGAGAAACCAAUAAUUUUCAACUUACCGGCAACUGUCGAAAUGUCUACUCCAAACGUAUAUGCUGAUCAGAUUGAGUACUUUGCUACCCACAUCAGUAAUCGUGAAACCGUAUGCAUUUCAUUACACCCCCACAAUGAUCGUGGGUGUAGUGUGGCUGCCGCUGAGUUGGGUCAGUUAGCUGGUGCCGAUCGUGUUGAAGGGUGCCUCUUCGGUAAUGGGGAACGUACUGGAAACGUCGAUUUAGUCACAUUGGCUUUGAACUUGUACACGCAAGGGGUAUCACCAUACUUGGACUUUUCCGAUAUCACAUCUGUAAUAAAUAUUGUAGAAAAGUGCAACAAGAUACCAGUCCAUGCCAGAACCCCAUAUGGCGGUUCCUUGGUUGUGUGUGCAUUCAGUGGUUCGCAUCAAGAUGCUAUUAAAAAGGGUUUCGCUGCUCACCACGAAAAAGUCAAGGCUGCGGGUGGCAAGAACGUACAUUGGCAAUUGCCAUACUUGCCAUUGGAUCCAGAGGAUAUUGGCCGUACUUACGAAGCAAUUAUACGUGUCAACUCACAAUCAGGUAAAGGUGGUUCAGCGUGGGUCAUUUUGCGCAAUUUGGAGUUGGACUUGCCAAGAGGAUUACAAGUUGCCUUCUCUAAGGUGGUGCAACAACGUGCUGAAGUCAAGGGUCAAGAACUUACCAACCAAGAAUUGUGUGACUUGUUUAAACAAGAGUACUUUAUUGACUACGACGAAGACGAUAAGGAAGUUGCUGAUCAACACUAUAAGUUGAUUGACUAUUCGAUAAAGACACCAGACAAGGGUGUGAAAGAAAUAGAAGCGGAAAUCGAAAUUGAUGGAAAAUCGGUAACUAUCAAAGGCCAAGGUAACGGUCAAUUAUCUGCUUUCAACGACGCUUUAGCCAAACACUUGGGCAUUGAUUUCGAUGUCAAACAUUAUCACGAACACUCUUUGGGUGAAGAUGCCAAUGCCAGAGCAGCAACUUAUAUCGAAGUGGUGGUCAAUAAGAAUAUCACGAGAUGGGGUGUUGGUAUCAACACUGAUGUUUCACAGGCAUCUUUCCUUUCAUUGAUUUCUAUUCUCAAUGGUUUAAAGAGGAAUAAGGAUAUCUGA